AUGGAGGCUGCUGACGAGGAGCUCGAUGGUCUGCUGGCGGGCGAAGACGAUGAUGACGACUUGUCCCAGCAACAACCAAAGGCCGACACCGCCACCGUCGCCAAUUGGGACGUGGAGAAGGUGUGGAAGCGCACCCGCUUGCGCAUCAUGGUCUACACUCGCCUGGGCGAGCUCGAGGACGAGGACGAGGAGCGAUAUGUGCAGCAGGAGCGCGGCCUCAGCAUGGACGAGGACGAGGACGACGAUGCCGCGCUGGUCUCGUGGGCCUCUGCCAUCUUUCUGACCUCAGUCAUCGAAUACGUCGCUGAGCAGUCGCUGCUGAUCUCGGGCACGGCUGCGUAUGCCCAUAUGGCCGCCAAGAGGAAGAAGCUCGCGCAGCAGACCGAGGAUGCACGCCCACAAGAACUCGCCAUUGAGCGCCUGGUCGUUGAAGAGCCCCAUGUUGAGAAGAUUGCCCUCAACUCGGCACUUGGCCGCCUGUGGAGGACGUGGAGGAAGCGCGUUCGGUCGCCGUCGACCCCGCUGCUUGGUCGCGGCGUGCGUCCUGUCUCAAGCUACUCAAGCCUCCACCUACGCAAAGCGAGCCGAGACACGAUUGAUGCCAUCAUACAAGAGGACAGCACUAUACCAGAGCAUCCACCAACUGAGACGGAGAUUGCCUCGAACAUUCCCCUCCCCCAAGGCGACAAUGAUAUCAACGAAAUCGAGGUUCCAGGCCUUGCACAAACCUUCGAAGACGAUGCCGACAGUCUUGGCUCAGAGACGCCGGUGCAGCGGCCCCCGCGACCAUCGAGUGUCUAUGUUCCCUUGUCUGCACUGGCCCGUGGCAGAGAUUCGAACAAAAGACGUCCACUCUCUCUACCCAUGCGCCCUGCCCCACCUUUUACUGUGUCUCCGCACGCCUCUCCCGCACCCUCUAUUUCCUCGGAGAACGGCGAUUUGCCCUUUGAAACGCCCAUGGAACGCAUGGAAGGUGCAGAUUCGUACAUUGACGAGGCUGACGAAGAAAGCGUUGACAGGCAGAGGGAGGCAACGAAGAAGCAGUUGGAGAGCCCUACAGAGACAGCCGUUUCUUCCAAAGCCACGACUGCGGUGACGCCAGCAACGACAGUAACGGCAGCAGCAGUGGCCGCAAUGGGCGCAAGUGCGCAUAACAGCCACAAUAUACCUGUCCAGACUCGAGAGCUCGACCAAGGGGGAGACACAGCCAAAGAGGCGGCGCAAUCUGAAAAUAUCGCCACAGGCGGUCAUGAAAGCGAACCUCAGGUACUACGCUCCAAGAGGAUGUCGGUCGAGAGGCCGGGUCCGCCGGGGGUCGUGCGUUCAUUUUCCAAGCAAAAUUCAAGUCGUCGUUCGUCCCAGCAGACCCAGGUAGCAGCCCCGACAGCAGCUCCUGUCUCUACCCCAGACCCAAAGGCUGCGUCCUACCUCAACCAUGAGUCUUCGGACGAUGAUCAAGAGGUUGGACAAAAGGCAAUUGGUGUUGCACGUACAUCAGAUGUACCUAUCCUCUCUACGUCAACAUCAUCUUUCGAGUCACCUCGUGCCAAAGGAAGAGUUCCUGGACAUGGUGGACACAUAGAAGCUGCUCCUCGACAGGUCGCGCCCACACCGUUCUCAACCCAGAGCAGUUCUGUCCCUGUUGCAGAGCCCAUCGUGUCAGAGCGCUCUGUUGCCCGAGUUGAUCCCAUCCCUUCACAACCUGAGCAAUCCGUGCAAUCCACAAAGCCCGUACAAACGAACAAGCAUUCGCCUACUGAUGACAAUACAACGGACAGCUUUUCGCAGUCCCAAAGCAACAUCAAACCACCUCGCAAACAGGAAACACCUGUUGCAUCGCCACGAAAUGGGUCUCUUCCAUCCUUGCAAGAAUCCGAUAGUAGCAAGGCUACCCAAGUACCUGAGACCGCUCUUCAUCCUAGUCCGAUUGCGCAGAGCAGUCAAACCAAGAAUAGCCCACCGCGUAGUCCUCCAAGAUCUACUGACAGCCCAGGAACGGUUGCUGAACGCCGGGGCCGGCGUACUUCAAGCGACUCGCCACGCUCUCAGGUGAUUUCUCAUGCCAGAUCACUCUCAGAAAAGACAUCACUGAAGCGUGUUACCUCGUCGUCUUCUUCUGCGAAGAGAUCAAACGGCGCGACCGCGAUAUCAAGUGGGCGCGACUCAAUCGCAAGUCACCGAUCACGGGGCUUGAGUACACGCAUGUCAGAGGAAGAUCGAGAGCGCGAGUUCGAUUCUUUGGUAAAGGGGCAAGACACGGUGAAGUUUACGCUAACGCCGCAAACUAUGCGAGCUCUUGACAAGACACCGCUCGCGAAGAAGGCAGAGCCUCCCAAGCCUUCCUCUCCACCUUCCAACAUCACAGUGUACCCUCGCGCCAACGCCGAAGACGGCCACUUUGGUACCGGCAACCUCCCAAGGAGAACGUUUUCUAGGAACAGAGGACCAGGCCCAGUUGCCGCAAAACAUAAGCCGUCGCCAAGCAGAAAGGUAGUAUCGAAACCGAUGGCUAGGGAGGCACGCGUCGACAAUGAGUCGUUGCGCGACUUUGCUGACUUCAUCCGCUCUACCGGACCAUCGCCUGGACAAGAAAAACCCGUGAAGCCUUUCGUUGGUGUCAAUGGGAGUGGAUCUACAUCCUCCCUUGGCCGUAGUGGUCCCACAAGCCCACCAUCCAGCCGUGCAGAUGGUUCUUCCACGAAGUCACGCGUCACCAUGGAACCGCGUAGCCCGGCGGGCCUCAGUGACGGCAAUAAUGAUUUGAUUGAUUUCAUACGACAAGGACCUCCUAACGCAAAUGCUGGCCAGCCCAGAAUCCCGCGCAACGUUGCACCCUUCCGGAGCACUGUCGACUCUGAUCAAUUUGAUACUAUGCUUGGAGGCCGUAAUGUAGAGUCGGCUUUUGGAUCAACAUCGUCGACUCUGAACUCUAAGCACUCGGCAACUACUGUCAACUCGCGCACUGGUCUCAUUCCCGCACCUAGUGUUGUUCAGCCGGCUUACUCGAAUGCCCCACAGCAACUCAGUGGUAGCAUGUCAGCCAACGAGCCGACCAUUACACGUACCCGCCACCGCGUCAAGGAUCCCUACGCUAUCGACAUUUCAGACGAAGAAGACGAGGAUGACGAUCAGUUAACAGCUCUGCCACCAUCUAUCCAAGCCGGCCCGUCAGCCCAACCACCUAAACAGGAAAGCUUGAUGGAUUUCCUCAAUGGCACGGAACCCCCAUCCAACAGCAAACCACAGCCCUUUAUGCUCAGUGAAGAAACCAUCUCUGCUGCUCGAGCCCGUGCCGCUGCCUCCUCCAACACUUCUCUCUCUUCCUCCAACACCACGACCCGAAACGGCACAGGCCCAGGUCUCGGCCCCGUUUCCACAUCCUCUGUUUCUUCGGGUGCACCUCGCGCAUACAAGCCCCGCCUCCAAGCACGUGCACCGGCAGUAAGUGACGUACGAACUGGCGGUGGUAGCAGGACAGGGACGAGCGACCUCGCGGACUUUUUACGCGAGAGCGGGCCCGAUGUGGUGUCGCCACGGCAUGCGAGUCCACCUGUGCCGUAUGGCAAAGUGGCUCCCGAGGAAAAGAAGAGUAGGAAGUUUUGGAAGAGUAGGAAGAGUGAGAAAACGUAUGGGGAUUUGCCUUGA